AUGUCUGUCCAAGUAGCUAAACCAAGUUUCGAAGAUGAUGAUGGUGAAGAGGCGAACCUAUCCCUUCUCUUUGAUAAAUACAAGGAUACGUUCACAACGUUUCCAAAGGAGAAAGGUUGGAUGACUAAAGACGUAUACAUGUAUCAAGGCUUUUGGCACCAGUCAAAGAAUGUAGUCUCGGUUGAAACUGUGAUGGCUACUCAAGAAACUUUCCAAGCUCGGUCGACGGAUAUAUACUUGGCCACACUCCCAAAAUCCGGCACGACAUGGAUUAAAGCCCUUGUGUUUGCUAUAGUGAACCGAGAUCGCUACAAAACCAAGCCUCUUUCAAGUCAUCCUUUACAAAACUCUAACCCCCAUAAUUGUGUGCCUUUCGUCGAGUGUGAAGUUUUGAGAAAUAGUCCUAGCUAUGUUAUUGAUGAACAUUCACCGCGUCUCUUUGCUACUCAUAUUCCGUAUACUUCAUUGCCUCAAUCUAUUCAUGAAUCCGGUUGUCGUUUAGUUUACAUGUCUAGAAAUCCUAAAGAUGUGUUAGUAUCCUUGUUUCACUUUGCAAAUAAGGUGAGACGUGAUCCACUGACAAUAGAGGAAGGGUUUGAAAUGUUUAAGAAAGGUGUCAUACCAAAUGGACCUUAUUGGGAUCAUGUAAAGGGGUACUACAAGGCCAGUAUAGAACAACCGACACGAAUCAUGUUUUUAACAUAUGAGGACAUGAAAUCAGACACUACGGAAAAUGUAAAGCGUUUGGCAAAGUUUUUGGGAUACCCUUUCACGGAGGAAGAAAAGGCGAACGGGAAGGAAGAAUUGGAGAUUGGAGGAACCAUCUCACAACCGAAAUGA